UCCCCGGGCGCCCCACGCCGCGGCGGCCGGCCCGCUGAGCGCCGCCGAGAUGGGCAAGAAGGGCCGGAAGGAGAAGAAGGGCCGCGGGGCCGAGAAGACGGCCGCCAAGAUGGAGAAGAAGGCGUCCAAGCGCUCGCGGAAGGAGGAGGAAGACCUGGAGGCACUCAUCGCCCACUUCCAGACCCUGGAUGCCGGGAAGACAAAGGUGGUGGAAACGCCCUGCUCCCCACCCUCUCCCAGGUUAAAUGCCUCCCUCUCUGCUCAUCCCGACAAAGAUGAAUUAAUCCUUUUUGGAGGUGAAUAUUUCAAUGGCCAAAAAACUCUUAUGUAUAACGAGCUGUACAUCUACAACAUCAGGAAGGAUGCCUGGACCAAGGUGGAAAUCCCGAGCCCGCCCCCGAGGCGCUGUGCUCACCAGGCCGUGGUGGUGCCGCAGGGCGGUGGGCAGCUGUGGAUCUUCGGAGGGGAGUUCGCGUCCCCGGAUGGAGAGCAGUUCUACCACUACAAGGACCUGUGGGUGCUGCACUUGGCCACCAAGACCUGGGAGCAGGUCAGGUCCACGGGAGGCCCUUCAGGCCGGAGCGGACACCGCAUGGUGGCCUGGAAGAGACAGCUCGUCGUCUUCGGUGGCUUCCAUGAAAGUGCACGGGAUUACAUCUACUACAACGACGUCUACGCUUUCAGCCUGGACACACUGCGGUGGAGCAAGCUGGCCCCCGCGGGGACUGGGCCCACUCCCCGAUCCGGCUGCCAGAUGUCUGUCACGCCCCAGGGCAGCAUUCUCAUCUACGGGGGCUACUCGAAGCAGAGAGUCAAGAAGGACGUGGACAGAGGCACCCAGCAUGCAGACAUGUUCCUGCUGACACCGGAGGGAGGUGCCGAAGGCAGGUGGACAUGGACACGGGUCAACCCUUCGGGUGCCAAGCCCACCCCGAGGUCUGGCUUCUCGGUGGCCGUGGCCCCAAACCAUCAAACACUGCUCUUCGGCGGCGUGCGUGACGAGGAGGAGGAGGAGAGCCUGGAGGGCGACUUCCUUAAUGACCUGCACUUCUACGAUGCCACCAAGAGCCGCUGGUUCAAGGGGCAGCUGAGGGGGCCCAAGUCAGAGCAGAGGAAGCGCCGGCGGGCCCAGAGAGCAGAGCCCAGAGGUGCCGGCGAGCAGGACGGCAGGGGGGCCUGCAGCCGGGAGCCCCUGGAGGUGGUGAAGGAGGUCGUGGCAGAGGACGGCACCGUGGUCACCAUAAGGCAGGUGCUUGCAGCCCCAGGCCCCGCUGGACAACCACAGUCCGACGAGGAGGACAGCCCCGAGGAAGCGGGCAGCCCCCUGACGGAGCCCUGCCCCCGCUCCAACGCCAUGCUGGCCGUGAAGCAGGGCCGGCUCUAUCUCUACGGGGGCAUGUUUGAGACUGGGGACCGCCAGGUCACCCUCAGCGACCUGUACUGCCUGGACCUGCACAAGAUGGAGGCGUGGACGGCCCUGGUGGAAAUGGACCCUGAGGCUCAGGAGUGGCUGGAAGAGAGCGACUCAGAAGAGGACAGCGGCGACUCUGAGGAGGACGAGGACAGCGGCGAGGACGGCAGCCUGGAGGCCGGGGGAGCAGGCGCCUGUGCCCCUGGUGAUGCCCGGCCAGCGCUUCCCGUGCCUCUCGCCCAGGACUGACCGGCUGGGCGCCGCGUGCUGGGCGACCACGAGGAGGCCGUGCCGAAGCUGCCCGCACCGUGGCCACAGCUUUCUUCCAGGGGUCCCCGGGAGCUGCCCGCUGGGCCAGCAGGUAACAGAGAGGCGCGGCCCCAGCACAGCGGCGCUGUCUGCAGCGAGAGGACCGCCCCGGAGGCCAUGUGUAGUGGGGCCUGGCGGCAGGCUGAGCCCACAUUGCCCGCAAAUGACAGCGGCCCGCGGGCAUGUGCCUGUGCAAGACGGCUGGGCAGCGUGGGGCUGGGCGGUCUUCGCGUGCGUGCCUAGGGCACCCUGUACCCUGUCCCCGGCUCCCGCCCAAUAAAGUGCGGCAGCAGGUGGUGCCGCUCUUGCCAUAGGCCUUGCUUGGGGCUCAGUCUAUAGAGUUCUUGGAUUUGGCGGUGGCUGGCUCUGGGGGUAGCACCUGCAUCAGCCUCUCUGGCGGGGGAGAAGCCCUGGCAAAGCCAGGCA